AUGGAAUACUCGUCGCCCUUGGCGGCCAUUCGUCCGCAGCCGCACUCGCCCUGGGCCAGUCGGAAGGACGUUCCUGAGAGCCGCGCCAUGUACCACGGAUGCAACACCAUUGGGCCCUUCGACUUCAAGGCCAUGAGCAUGCACCAGCGCCCAAAGAGGAACGACUACUUCUCUCUGCGGCCGGUGCGUGGCUCGUCGCCCACCGCCAGUCUGACGGCCGAUCUAGACGCCAACUUCCAUAUCGACAAGAGCCCUCAAGCGCCCACGCCAAGACGAUCAUUGUUCACCGCAGAUCUGUUCAAACCCCGCGAAAAUGCCGCACCAACAGAUACAUUUACGCCGCCCAUCGAGAUCGAGCCUGCCACGACCCCGCCCAUUCCAUCCUCAUCACCCUACUGCGACGCCAUGGACAUUUCGCCGCUGCCACACAAAGCCCCCCACUUCGUUGCCCAGGUCACGCUGCCGUCGCCAUCGCCAGAGGAGACGCCUGAUGUAGCUGAGAUCUCACCUGACCUCCUCUCUCCAGACGUUCUGCCCACCCCUCUGGCACCAGCCGUGCAGCCACCAAGCUUUUUGGAGCUUCCCGAACGUCGACGACCAGUCACGCGACCAGCGUUGUCCCGAACGAAGGGCCACUCUGCCAGCAGCAUUCCGCAGAGACCGACCACUGCCGAGACCCAGCUCCCGCCGUUUCGGUUCGGCAAUGUCGCCUCCUCUGGCCUCUCGUGCUCGUCGACGCCCUCGCUACUAGACAGCUUCACCGAAUCACCCGUCGACGACCCAAGGCCGUCCGGCACAGGCUCGAUGCUGCCGCCUCCGCGUAGGACGUCGGUGAGCAACGCCAACCGUAGCAAUGGUUCGCCGGCCAGCCAUGUCAGGAAGCCUUCUGCCGGACGGCCAGCCUUUGUGCGACCGCAGAGGAAGUUGAUCCGCCGAUCGUUGAGCAUGUUCCAACACCCUGAUGAUGUGAUGAAAGAGGAGCAAGACACCUUUGAGCCUAGCUCAAACUUGUCGUCGGUCAUGGACAUUGAACCCGAGCAUGUGCCCAAACUGCCGCACUUCAUCCCUGAUGGCGAGCCUGACAGCUUACCACGCAUCACGCAGGAGACCAUGCUUGAGGUUCUCAACUCUAAAUACACUAACGACUACGAACGCGUCCUGGUCAUUGACUGCCGAUUCGAGUACGAAUACAGCGGCGGUCACAUCGAGAACGCUGUCAACUUCAACGACAAGCAACACCUGGCAAGUGAGCUCUUCACCGACAGUUUGCCCUCCAACACCCUCCUCAUCUUCCACUGCGAGUACUCGGUUCACCGUGCCCCUCUCACUGCGAAGUUCAUUCGGAGUCAUGACCGCAACGUCAACGCCGCGCAAUAUCCCAAACUCACCUUCCCGGAAAUGUACAUCCUCGAUGGUGGGUACAGCAAGUUCUUCACCGAGCAUCCAUCAAAAUGCUAUCCACAGAACUACGUCGAAAUGAACGAUCAGCGCCAUGAACAGGCCUGCGAGCGCGGCAUGGCCAAGGUCAAGCAGCACCGCCAGAAACUUUUCCGCAACCAAACGUUUGCCUUUGGUCAGAACCACGACGAGAUGGAAGACUCGCCCACUGCUCUCGGACGCGGAAUGGGCCCUCGUAGUCAGAGCACCUUUGCUGUCGGCACCGACGUCGCUGCGGGCAUUGGCCAGUCCUUCCAACGUCGCAUGGCCUCUUACUAG